GAGACGGUACACGUCGAGACUGGCUGACGACGCAUUACACAUCCACACACACACACCCGACUCUGGCCGACUUGACUUGACUUGGUAACUGCGAGGCCUUGAUUGGAACUGGAACCUACUAGAGAUUUGAACGCACGAUGGCGGAGGACGAUGAUGCCGUGGUGCGGCUCGUCGCCCAGUGCAAAUCGAACGAUAAUGACGUGAGGGUGGAUGCGAUCACGAAGCUACAGGCAGAAUUCGAGGCGGGCUGCGAGAUCGCAGACCCAGACGCGCUCAUCCAAGCCCUGAAGGCGUGCCUGCGCACGCCCAACCAACACCUCACGACCGCGACGCUCUCCGCGCUCCCGCCGCUCAUCCCGCUCGUCGUCACGCGGCCGCCCGCGCAGAUCCCGCUGCCCGGCUCGUCCACCUCCCCGGCCGCGUCGACGUCGUCCGCGUCUGCGUCCCCGAUCGACGCGCACGCGAUGCGCCAGGUGCUCACGCAGCUCAUGCCCGCGGGUGGGGGCGUGCUCGACCGCCUCGGCGACGCCCGCGAGCGCGCGCGCGACAAGGCGCGCGAGACGCUCGUCGUCAUGGGCGGGUUCGCCUUCCGGUGCGGGGGCGCGGGCGCGGGCUCGGGCUUGCGCAGCUCGCGGGACGGGAAGGGCCCGGAGACGCCGAUGCAGCUAUUUGAGCGGUUCUUGCGGGAGGGCGGGUUGGCGAGCAAGGUGUGGCGGGCGAGAGAGCAGUCGAUCCUCGUCCUGGUGCACAUCCGGCGUACGCAUCAUAUGUUCCCGCUGCGGCCUUACUUGCCGCACCUGGUGGACGCCCUGGAGGACACGGACGGCGCGGUGCGCGAGUGCGCGCGGCAGUCCGUCGUGGAGCUCUUCACUGGCCCGGGGGUCACGGACGCCGCCCGCGCGGACCUCAAGAAGGAGCUGGCGAAGAAGAACGUGCGCAAGACGAUCGUGGACGGCGUGCUCAACAAGGUGCUCGCCGGGGCGAGCACGCCCAACACCCCUGGGCCGAGGAGCGAGAACGGGUCGGAGAACGGCGAUGGGGCGGGCCCGACGAAGGAGUACGUCCCGCCCAGCAUCGCGCUGCUGAAUAGAAGACCGGGUGGCGCAGCGGCGGGUGGGGCGGGCGGUGCGCCUGUCUCCCGGACAGUGAGCCAGGGGAAUGUGCGCGAGAUGUCCCGGCCGCAGAGCCGCGCAGCGGUCAUGACUCCCACUGGUGAGGCUCCGCCGGCCGCCGGUGGGGGCACAGAGGUCAAGCCUGUCUACAUUGCUUCGAGCCGUGAUUUGGAGAAUGAGUUCGCUUCGAUGCUUAGGCCGUUCGAGGGCAAGGAGUCUGAACAUAAUUGGUCCGCCCGCGAGCAAGCCAUCCAACGGGUGCGCGGUAUGCUCAAGGGGGACGUGCUAGAGCGAUACCCCGAUACGUUCCUGCACGGUUUGAAGAAUGGAUUCAUGGACGCGUCGCUGAAAACGCUCGCCAGCCUCCGGACGACGGUUGCCGGAAAUUCAUGUGCGCUGUACAGCGAACUCGCUAUCGCCCUAGGGCCCGCACUGGACCCGUUCUGCGAGCUGAUGUUCACGCAUCUGCUCCGGAUGGCGAACCUGACGAAGAAGAUCACCGCGCAGACAUCGCAGGCGACCGUGACCACCCUCAUCCAGCACAGCACCGUCCAUCCGAAGCUGAUAAUACCCCUCCUCUGGAACGUCCUCCAGGACAAGGCGAUUCAGACGCGCCAAUACGCCGUCGCUCACGUAAAGAUGUACCUGGAGGUCCACAGCGCCCGCGCGACGCACACCAUCGAAGCGUCGGGUGCGAUUGAGACUCUGGACAAGUUCGUCCGGAAGGCGCUCGGGGAUCCGAACGCGGGCGUGCGCGACAACGCGCGCAUCCUCUUCUGGACGUUCCAGCGCAUCUGGGUCGAGCGCGGCGCCGCGAUCAUGCAGUCGCUCGACACGACCUACCGCAAGCAGCUCGAGAAGGCAUGUCCCUCGACGGACCUGCUCGCGUCCGUCCCGACCGUGGCGGCGUCCCCGCCCCGGGUCAAAAAGAGCAGCGUGGCGGCGGCGAUUGCGGCGAGCCGCGCCAAGGCGAAGGCGAUCGCGAGCGCGCCGCCGUCGCUCCGCCACCAGGCGACGUCGACCUCGCACACCAUACGCGCGACGUCCCCGCCGACGAAACGCGCCACCUCACCCUCGCUCUCCACGAGCAGCUCGACUGGGGGCGUCCGCGCCCAGUCGCCCGUCUCGCGCUCGUCGCCGCCGCGAUCGCGGAUAAUGUCCACCGGGACCCUCUCGCGGUCGACGAGCUCUGGGGCUGUGCCGAGCCAGGCGGGCCGCAGUCCGCCCCGACAGCCACUACCCGCCUCGCCGCCGUCGCCCACAUCGGACCAAACAUUCCGGCGGCGCCUCACGUCGCCGACGCUGACCCCGUCGCCGCCUACCUCGAACUCUACAUUCCGGAAAGCGGUGGAAACGGCCUUGCCAGCGUCACCGCCGAAUUCGGCAGGCAGCUAUGCUUCGCCAACACCACGCCCCCAGAAGCUUGGGCAGCCGGCGGUGCCUGUGCAGCGCGAGUCGCUCUCUUUGGCGGGGCUGCGCCACUACGCCGGGUCCGGCGAGGAGGAAUCGCUGCUUUUAGCAACGAAUAUCCCCGUCCCUGAGGACAGCGAUUCGGACAUGGACAUGGAUCUAGACGAGUCUGUGAACCUCAUAUCGUUUUCCACGCCAUACGAGGUCUACCCGCCGCGCCCGCCGCGCUCGAACUCGCAGCGCUCGACGAGCUCGAAGCCGGGCUUCUCGAACGCACUCUCGACAGGCACAAGCUCGCCCCCCGCGGGCGUCGCGCAGCCGCUCGUCGAGGACGCGAUGCGCGCGCGCGCGGAGCAGGCGGAGAGCGCGGCGGAGCGCCUGCUCGAGCUCGUCGAGCCGGACGAGGACGGCGCGCACGCGUCGCCGAUUCCUGCGUCGCUCCUGCUGCGGAACACCGAAGGUUCAAAGGCCAGGGCCAGGGCGAGCGGCGGCAGGAGCGCUGCCGCGCCCCCGGCGCCGCGGACGCCCGUGAGCAAGCGCAGCGCGGCGAUCAUGCAGCAGGCGGCGCUGUUCCAGGACAGCCCGGCGCACAACGGCAAGACGGCGUCGCUGUUCGACAUGGUCGACGGCCGCGACAGGGCGGGCCAGUGGUGGGCGAAACGGAUGGCGUUGCUCAAGAUGGCCGCGCCCGUCGAUGACGCCGGGAGCCCUGAGAGGGACGACUCCCUGAAGGCGUCCGUCGUGGCGUUAGAAGACGGGUCCGCGGACGUUGCCGUGCUGAAGAAGCUUGCGCGGUUGUGCGCGCAGAAUCCUGCGCACGAGCCGCUCUCACCUGUGAGCCCGGGCUUUGCCGUCCCCCUCACGCCCUCCCCUAUGGACGGCGUGGCACGGCCACUGGUGACGCACCAGACGGAUUACUGGACGCAGGACAAGCUGUUCGAUCACCUCUUCACCGCGCUCGUCAAGUUCCUGGACCCUCGCAAGAAUGCCGAAGAACUCGAGUAUGGGCUGAUCGUCCUGUGGGAAAUGCUGGAGAACCAGGCGCCGUUGCUCGAAGGCCGCGAAGCGGAUAUUUUCAGCCUGCUUCUGCAAAUCAGAUAUUGCGCGCAGAUGACUGUGAUGCAGGCGACGAACUUGUUCCGGGACACGCUCACGAGCCGCAUAGAGCCCGUGUAUGGGCUCACGACCCUGCACGCCUGCCUGCGCGCCUUCCGGGACGCGCCCCCGCCGCCUUCGGCGACCACGGAGAUAAGAGACGGGACCUAUGCAUUUGGCCUGAUCGCGCUCGGGAAGUUCUUCCUCCGCCUGCCCGCGGAGGUGCUCGAGGAGGAGCUGCCUCGACUACGGGCGACGCUCAUCUCGGCUCUGACAGAGAGUUCAGGCACGAGCGCCAUCGCCGUGCGGGAGGCCGCGACGGCGGCGACCAUCGCUGCCCAAAUGGUGCUCCGUGACGAGACGCACCUCUUCACGCUGCUCGACGGGCUGCCCGAUGAGAAGAAGAACCUGCUCGCGUACAUGUUUGACAAGCACGGAACACGGGGUCCCGCUAACGCAUCCGGCCCGUCUGCGAUGGAAAAGCUGGAAAGGGAGAUGAGGCGCAUUGACGGCCGGCUGAGCACGCCAGGUCGGUCCGGGGCCUAGCCCGCCACGUUCGUUAUCCGGGGGAUUCUUGGCUCGUGGUGGGUAGGUACCUUAUGUCGUCCUUAGUAUUAAGACAGUCGCACCGUACGCUCUGCCGUAUGUUCGUUAUGCCCGCACUAUUGUAGUCGUACAAUU